AUGGUUUUAGAGCAGGGCUCUAGAUAUGCUGACCCGGUCUACCAGGCCGCGCACGAAGAUACCUUCAGUAAACCUGUGGUAGAGGGUGUUCCGGCCGUCCUGCCUCCAGGUGUGUCGAGACAGGAUUUCGACGACGCCCUCGAGAAGAUCGCAAAAGCUAUCGGUGAGGGUGCCAUAUUCAAGGGAGAGGCGCUGAAAGAAUAUGUCGACCCGUAUGAGAUCCCGGAAGGACGAUAUGAGAGAAAUCUUCCUGGUGCUGCUGUCUGCCCAGCAUCGGUGGAAGAAUUGCAGGCCGCUUUGAAGGUUGUCAAUGACUUCAAAAUCCCAGUAUGGACCAUCUCGCGCGGUAAGAAUCUAGGCUAUGGUGGACCUGCUCCCCUCGUCAAUGGAUCCAUCAUCAUGGAUCUGCACAGGAUGGACAAAAUUCUAGAGGUCAACGAGAAAUUCGGGUAUGCUGUCGUAGAGCCUGGCGUCACAUUUGGCGACCUCUACGCCUACUGCACAAAGAAUAAGCUCAAGGUCUGGCCGAGCACAGCAUCUCUUGGGUGGGGAAGCGUCGUUGGGAAUACCCUGGAUCGUGGAAUGGGCUUCGUGCCCUCUGGAAUCCACCACGAAAACAUGGCAGGGCUCGAAGUCGUCCUGGCCAACGGCGACAUUGUCAGAACAGGCCAAUUUGCCAUGUCGACCUCGACCUCGGCCCAUCUCACUCAUCUCUCCUUCGGCCCUACCAUCGACGGGCUCUUCCUCCAGAGCAACCUCGGGAUCGUCACCAAACUGGGCAUCCACAUGACCCCACAACCGCAGGCCUUCAUGGCGUGCACGUUCGAUAUGCCCGAGUUUGAUGACAUCGAGACUAUCACCGACGUGUUCGGCUCGCUGCGCCGCAGCGGUGUCUUGCCUACCGUCGUCUACGUCUUCAGCCUCGUCGAGUGGUCCGCCAUCAAAGCACCGCGCCACACUUUCUGGGACAAGGAAGGGCCGAUCCCCGAGUGGCGGCUGAAGGAGAUGCAGGAGGAACUGGACGUAGGCUUCUGGACCGUCAAGUGGGGGCUGUACGGGCCCAAGAACAUCCUGCAGGCGCAGUACGACGAGGUCCAGCGCGUGGUGGGCAAGGAAGCGCCGACGGGCCGGCUGCGCAAUGUGCUCUUCUCGGGUGGCGAGGACGGCGGGCUUCUGGAGGCGCUGGAUGUCCCGCAGCCGUACGGCGGGAUGUUUGUGGGUGUCCCGAGUAUGUUUUCGAUCCCCAUGGUCAGCUACUACAAUCCCCAGGACGGCAGUGGUGUUGGUGCGCAUGGCGCGUACUCGCCCAUUGUGCCGUUAGAUGGCAAGACUAUGAGGGAGUGGGUGACUGUUGCUCGAAAGGUGUAUGAGUCGCAGGGCUUGGAUCUGCUGUGCGACUUUUUCAUGGGGCAGAGACAUGCCGUUUUUGUCUGCAUGCUGUGCUUUGACAAGACGAAUCCUCAACAACGGCAGGCCAUCGACAGCACCUAUAAUGGGCUUUUUGAGGCCGGGACGAGGAUGGGGCUUGCAAAGUAUCGUUCCCACGUCAACCACAUGGACCAAACUGCCGAGCUCUUCGACUUCAAUGAUCACGCGUACCGCAGAUUCGUUGAGACCAUCAAGGACUCACUUGAUCCCAAUGGCGUGCUAUCACCCGGGAAAAUGGGCAUAUGGCCAAAGAGGUUCAGGGAGAUGCGAUCAACUAACAGCCGUCACGAUGGUGCAACAUGAGGGAGGAGGACUACGAGGGACUGACAGACAGGCACUGCAAUAUUCGUUCCGUGAGACGUGAGGGCAUGUAGGUCUUUCCACCAAGGCUGCAUUCAUAGAGGAAGUUGAUAUUAUGAAUUUCCAUGUUGAUUAUACAUUCU